CGUUGGCCGCAGUUCCCUGUCUGCCCGAUGUAGAGAGAUCUACAGCCACAGUCGUCAUUGGCCAUGGAGUUGUCUGUCAACGCGGCAGUCCAGAACACAGCGGGUAUCCGGCCCCAGAUCAUGAACGGGCCGAUGCACCCUCGCCCCUUAGUGGCCCUGCUGGACGGGCGUGACUGCACCGUGGAGAUGCCCAUCCUAAAAGACCUGGCCACCGUCGCCUUCUGUGACGCACAGUCCACACAGGAGAUACACGAGAAGGUGUUGAACGAGGCGGUAGGGGCCAUGAUGUACCACACCAUCACUCUGACCAGAGAGGACCUGGAGAAGUUCAAGGCUCUACGCAUCAUCAUCCGCAUCGGCAGCGGCUACGACAACAUCGACAUCAAGGCAGCCGGAGAGCUGGGCGUAGCAGUGUGUAAUAUUCCGUCUGCUUGCGUGGAGGAGACAGCGGACUCCACCAUGUGUCACAUCCUCAACCUGUACCGACGAAACACCUGGUUGUACCAGGCUCUCCGGGAGGGCACGCGGGUCCAGAGCGUGGAGCAGAUCAGAGAGGUGGCGUCUGGAGCGGCACGCAUCCGUGGGGAGACACUGGGUCUUAUAGGCUUCGGUCGUUCGGGUCAGGCGGUGGCUGUGCGGGCCAAGGUGUUUGGCUUCAACGUGAUCUUCUACGACCCCUACCUGCAGGACGGCUUGGAGCGUUCCCUGGGCGUCCAGCGUGUCUACACCCUACAAGACCUGCUCUACCAGUCAGACUGCGUGUCUCUGCACUGCAACCUGAACGAACACAACCACCAUCUCAUCAACGACUUCACCAUCAAACAGAUGCGCCAGGGAGCGUUCCUGGUGAAUGCAGCGCGGGGAGGGCUGGUGGAUGAGAAGGCCCUGGCUCAGGCCCUGAAGGAGGGGAGGAUACGUGGCGCUGCCCUGGACGUGCACGAGAUAGAACCCUUCAGUUUUGCUACAGGCCCUCUGAAGGAUGCUCCCAACCUGAUCUGUACACCACACACAGCCUGGUACAGUGAACAGGCUUCUCUGGAGAUGAGAGAGGCAGCUGCCACCGAGAUACGAAGAGCCAUCAGCGGCCGCAUCCCCGACAGCCUAAGAAACUGUGUGAAUAAGGAGUUCUUUGUGACCACAGGACCGUGGGCAGUAAUGGACCAGCAAGGUGUCCACCCAGAGCUCAAUGGCACUGCCUACAGGUACCAGCCGGGCAUGAUGGGCAUGGCUCCAGGGGUGAUCCCGGGUGGCUUAGAGGGGAUGGUGCCAGGGGGGGUACCAAUCGCCCAUACCCUGCCCUCUGGUACGCACCCUUCCCGGGCCCCCUCGCCCAACCAGCCAGCCUCUAAACACAGUCAGGGAGAGACCAGAGAGCACCUUACCGAGCAAUAGCACCCUGACCGUCAGCCAACCAGCCAGCAGAGAGGACAAUAACAACAGUGCCACAGGAAGAGGAGCUGCUGCCUUGACAGCAGAGGAAGAGCAUUAUGCACCUCCUCAAACUCAACCAGUAGAGAGGACAACAACAGGAAGAGCAUUAUGCACCUCCUCAAACUCAACCAGUAGAGAGGACAACAACAGGAAGAGCAUUAUGCACCUCCUCAAACUCAACCAGUAGAGAGGACAACAACAGGAAGAGCAUCAUGCACCUCCUCAAACUCAACCAGUAGAGAGGACAACAACAGGAAGAGCAUCAUGCACCUCCUCAAACUCAACCAGUAGAGAGGACCAAACAGGAAGAGCAUUAUGCACCUCCUCAAACUCAACCAGUAGAGAGGACAACAACAGGAAGAGCAUCAUGCUCCUCAACACCUCCUCAAACUCAACCAGUAGUUAGGACAACAACAACAACAACAACAACAACAGGAAGAGCAACAUGCUCCUCAACACCUCCUCAAACUCAACCAGUAGUUAGGACAACAACAGGAAGAGCAACAUGCUCCUCAACACCUCCUCAAACUCAACCAGUAGUUAGGACAACAACAACAACAACAGGAAGAGCAACAUGCUCCUCAACACCUCCUCAAACUCAACCAGUAGUUAGGACAACAACAACAACAACAGGAAGAGCAUUAUGCUCCUCAACACCUCCUCAAACUCAACCAGUAGUUAGGACAACAACAACAACAACAACAGGAAGAGCAUUAUGCACCUCCUCAAACUCAACCAGUAGUUAGGACAACAACAACAACAGGAAGAGCAACAUGCUCCUCAACACCUCCUCAAACUCAACCAGUAGUUAGGACAACAACAACAACAACAGGAAGAGCAACAUGCUCCUCAACACCUCCUCAAACUCAACCAGUAGUUAGGACAACAACAACAACAACAGGAAGAGCAUUAUGCUCCUCAACACCUCCUCAAACUCAACCAGUAGUUAGGACAACAACAACAACAACAACAGGAAGAGCAUUAUGCACCUCCUCAAACUCAACCAGUAGUUAGGACAACAACAACAACAACAGGAAGAGCAUUAUGCUCCUCAACACCUCCUCAAACUCAACCAGUAGUUAGGACAACAACAACAACAACAACAGGAAGAGCAUUAUGCACCUCCUCAAACUCAACCAGUAGUUAGGACAACAACAACAACAGGAAACUCAAGCUCCACUCACAACCAACUCAAGUAAACAAACACACAAACAAAAAGCGUCCAUCUGAAGUUUGGACCAAUCAGACACAGAACACAACGAUAUUUAGCGUCCAUCUGAAGUUUGGACCAAUCAGACACAGAACACAACGAUAUUUAGCGUCCAUCUGAAGUUUGGACCAAUCAGACACAGAACACAACGAUAUUUAGCGUCCAUCUGAAGUUUGGACCAAUCAGACACAGAACACAACGAUAUUUAGCGUCCAUCUGAAGUUUGGACCAAUCAGACACAGAACACAACGAUAUUUAGCGUCCAUCUGAAGUUUGGACCAAUCAGACACAGAACACAACGAUAUUUAGCGUCCAUCUGAAGUUUGGACCAAUCAGACACAGAACACAACGAUAUUUAGCGUCCAUCUGAAGUUUGGACCAAUCAGACACAGAACACAACGAUAUUUAGCGUCCAUCUGAAGUUUGGACCAAUCAGACACAGAACACAACGAUAUUUAGCGUCCAUCUGAAGUUUGGACCAAUCAGACACAGAACACAACGAUAUUUAGCGUCCAUCUGAAGUUUGGACCAAUCAGACACAGAACACAACGAUAUUUAGCGUUUCCAUCUGAAGUUUGGACCAAUCAGACACAGAACACAACGAUAUUUAGCGUCCAUCUGAAGUUUGGACCAAUCAGACACAGAACACAACGAUAUUUAGCGUCCAUCUGAAGUUUGGACCAAUCAGACACAGAACAGAACGAUAUUUAGCGUCAGUCCUGGGAAUAAACCACCGUUGGUCGGUACGGUCGGUACGGUCUCUUUAGGUUCACUACCAACUACUACAGUACUCUUUUUAUUUUGAUACGUGCCCAUGUGGUCCGUUGUGAGUCCAGCGUUAGCCGUCUAUCUCCGUCGUAUGGUGGCAAGCAGAGAGGAGACUGACAGUCCCGUCCACACCUCAGAGCAUCAUGGGAAGACUUCCUGACCCAUGGGAGAACAUUAGAGAAACCUUUGACAUCACCCCACCCUAAUCCUUUGACCCCUUGACCCCCCCCCCCACCACCUCUCUGCCUUCUCCUGCCCUCCUUAUGUAACGUGUAUUGUCAGGUCUCCAACUCCCUAGAAAGGCCAGAACCUAGGAAGAAACCUCGAGAGGAACCAGGCUAUGUGGGGUGGCCAGUCCUCUUCUGGCUGUGCCGGGUGGAGAUUAUAACAGAACAUGGCCAAGAUGUUCAAAUGUUCAUAAAUGACCAGCAUGGUCCAAUAAUAAUAAGGCAGAACAAUUGAAACUGGAGCAGCAGCACGGCCAGGUGGACUGGGGACAGCAAGGAGUCAUCAUGUCAGGUAGUCCUGAGGCAUGGUCCUAGGGCUCAGGUCCUCCGAGAGAGAGAAAGAAAGAGAGAAAGAGAGAAUUAGAGAACGCACACUUAAAUUCACACAGGACACCGAAUAGGACAGGAGAAGUACUCCAGAUAUAACAAACUGACCCUAGCCCGCCGACACAUAAACUACUG